UUUUUCCUCCUCCUCCUCCUCCUCUUGCUCUUUCGUUGCUCCUCUGCUCCCCUCGCUCCUCCCGUUCUGAUCACGAUGAAACUCUCGUCACUUCAAAAUCAUCCUCUGUCCCACAUGUCCCCCUAGUCUCUCUGUUGGACAGGGCAUGGUAGAUGAAGACAUUUUUUUUCCAAGAGACUGUGUCAGCGGAGAUGUUGGCAGGUGCUUUACUUGUGGGAAUUAUCUUUACAGCUCUACCAGGUAUCCAAAGUAGGUGGAGUGUGUUGUUUCCUAGAAAGGAGAUCUGUGUGUGGGCAGGAACCAGUGUCACUCUGCCCUGCCGCCUGGAUUAUCCCUCAGGCCACACCGUGAGGCGGGUCAGGGGGUUCCGUGUGUCUGCGGAGGGUCGUAGGGAGUUCACCCACCACACUGACACAGACCAGAUCAGUCUGUCCUACCGCGGCCGCACACGCUACAUCGGCGGCAGCUACUCCAGCUGCUCAGUCCAGAUCAGGGCUGUGAAGCUGAGUGACGCGGGUCAGUACCACUUCAGGUUUGAGACGGACCAACCACUGGGUCGAUGGACCUCCCCCGACACCGUUACACUGGAUGUGACAGAGCUGCAGGUCCAGGUGCAUCCAGCCAGACCGUCCAACAUGUUUGGCUUUGGAGAGACGGUGUUUGUCGGCUGCCAGGCCAGAGGAUGUGCAGCUGCAGGGAAGACGUUGGCCCUUUACAGGAACGGACUCAACCUUGGCUCCUUUGAGAAGUGGAUGAUCAUCACUCGCUUCGACCAGCAACAGUCCGGAGCGUACACCUGUCGACCGAUCCCUCCUCAGAAUGUACAGUCGCCCUCCCUCACCCUGACUCUGGGCCACGCUCCUCAUUCCACCUCCAUAUCAGUUUUUCCUGGAGGAGAAGUGACUGAAGGAGGCUCUGUCACUCUGACCUGCAGCAGUGACGCAGCGCCACCUGCAGAGAGUUUUGCUUGGUUUAAAGACAUGGAAAGUGGCAGCAUUCCAGACAGUUUCAGGCCUCAGCUCCUCCUGUCUCACCUCCGAUACAUAGACAGAGGAGAAUACUUCUGUGUGGCACGGAAUUCCCUGGGAACAGAUCGCUCCAAACCACUGUUCCUCGAUGUCACAUACUCUCCAAAGAACACACGUGUGCUCAUCGGUCCUCGAGGCGACAUCAGAGAAGGUUCAUACGUCAACCUGAACUGCAGCAGCCACGCAAACCCUCCUGCCAACAGGUUUGCUUGGUAUCAAAUCGUAGGAGAGCAGGUUUUGGCGAAAGGAACGGUGCAGAACAUGACGUUCACAUCAGUGCGUUCUCACCACGCUGGUCAGUACUACUGCACGGCAUCGAACCCACUAGGAUACCAGAGCUCGACUAUAGCAACGCUCACCGUGCUGUACCCUCCUAAGAACACCUCGGUCUUGGCCCGUCCCUCCAGCGUGGUGGACGCGGGCCGACCUCUGACUCUGACCUGCAGCAGUCAGGCUAACCCAGCUGUGGACAACUUCACGUGGCACCGCCUCACUCUGGACGGGGGCUCUGUACAAUCCUGGGGCAGCAAGUCUGGUCCCAGUUUCACCUUCUCAGAGGUGGGGCCUGGAGAGAGCGGCCAGUAUUACUGUGAGGCCAGGAACAGGAUCGGUGCCCACCGGUCGCCGGUUCUUACUGUGCGAGUCAGAGGACGCCUUAAGGCCAUUGCCCUGGCGUCAGCAGUGGGGGUAUCUGCUGGUCUCAUCACUCUGACGGUGGCCAUCAUGAUAAGUAAGAACAUGCACAGAGUAGACACGGAGUCGACAGAAGGAGCAAACAAGCGUCCGUCAAUCACAGCCGACACCAUGUUCUAUGAGUCAACGCAGCAGACGUUCCCUGGGAGAACGGCUAAAAUGUCUGACAUUAUGGAGGAGCCGGAGGACUUGAGUGACAGCUCACAUCCGUCUAUUGUUCCUCUGAACGACGCUCCACCAAUCCCAGAAUUUAAAACUCCUAAACCUGGCCUGGACUACAUCACUGUCCACUACUCCAGGCUGUCCAGCGCCGAUCAGGUGCAGAUCCAAAACCUGCCACUAGAUGGCGAGAAAAGGCCAAGGGACCACACAAAAACUGUUUACUCUCUACUGCCGCAGCCCUGCACCUGAACACGGGGAGCUGCAGAAUCAAACAGCAGCUCGUGUCACUGUGGUUCCACGAGCCACACUCUGACUAAAGACAAUAAACAAACUGAGAAGAUGCCUCACACAGGUCUGAACCACACAUGUAGUCCUGGGAUUCUUCAAGGUUCUUCUGUCCUUAAAGCCAACCUGUGGUUCUGCACCCCUGCUGCUGCACGCAUGCUGCAUGAAGACACAUCACCUCCUGUGCAUCUCAUUGCAGCAAAAUAUAGUAAAUGAAAAAACAGUAUCAUCAUCAUUUACUUAUGGCAAAUGCGCUUUUUAACUUGACACUUGACACUAACAUUGUGAAAUAAUAUUUUCCCUGGUUGCUAAUUUACACUUACUCAUUUGGCUUUCUUAUAAUAUCACCUUACCUUAAGGUUGUUGUUUUGUUUUGUUUUUAAUUCAAAUUCCCUAGGCCAGAUUCACUAAAGAUUAUUGAGACCAUCAUUUAAAUCAUUAUAUAUAUAUAUAUAUAUAUAUAUAGGUGGUAUAAUUGGUGGUAUAAUGAAUGUUUCUGUAGUAGUACAAAAUGGGAAUGUAAAAAUCUAAGAAUAGUUGCUUUCAAUAAUUAAUAUAUAUACAGUAUGUUUCUAUGUUUGCGCUGUCAGCGUUACAGAUGGGUUCAGGGUUGGAGUGGGGGCUCAAGAAUCAGCUCUGAGAACCUUCUUGUUUGCAGUUGUAAUGGUGGAGUAUGUAAUAAAAACCUGUAAUAUGUUGAUAAAGAAUCACAAACAACCAACAUUAAUAAACAUUUGUGUUCAAAUGAAACGUUUCCAUCAAACAAUGUGCAGAGAACUUUCUUUUCUCUUUGUCUUUUGCUGCAAACAGUGAAUGUAUUCACAUUGAUGAUAACUUAGUUACUGUCCUUGGCGUUUUGGAAUAUUUUGCACAAAUAAUGGUCCAAAUGUUACGCCAUUCCCCCCU